UGGAGCUUCCCCGGCCGCCACCACGUGGCGCUCAAUGGCCCUCUUGUGUCACUGGCCCAUUGUCUGCGUAUCCUGGAAAUGGGUCCGGUCCGGGCAGGGGGUGGAGUCUGGCGGCGGUUUCGAGUGCGUCGGGUAGAUGAGUCCGGAGCAGCCGAGUUGUGGUUGAAACGCGAUCCGAGGUGGAAGUAGACCGGCCGGUUGUUUUUUUAUCUGCAGGUUGUUAUUUGGAAGAUAACAUGAAAACCUGGAGCAGAAAAUUGACUCAAGAAUAAGGAUACUUGUAAAUGAGGAUCAAGAACCAUGCUGGCAAUUUAACUGUAUGCACACAGUGCUAUAAUUAUACAACGGACACACUCAAAGUUGAUUGAAAUUCUGUUCUACAAAUGGAGCAUUUUUAUCUUGAUUUUCCCGCUUCUUGCAAGCGUAAACAGUCCUCAAACAAAAUAGUUUUAUGUCUUUUUAUUAUAAUGUGUGUAUCAGUUCUAGUUUGCACUGAUGAAGAUUACUAUAAAUUACUUGGAUUGCCAAAAAGUGCAACUAAUCGACAGAUAAGGCAAGCCUUUAAGAAACUUGCACUCACAAUGCAUCCUGAUAAAAAUCCGAAUAAUGCAGAAGCACAUGACAACUUUUUGAAAAUAAAUAGAGCUUAUGAAGUUUUAAAAGAUGAGGACCUUCGAAAAAAGUAUGAUAAAUAUGGUGAGAAAGGCCUUCAGGAUCACCAGGGUGGUCAGUACGAAAGCUGGAAUUUCUAUCGUUAUGACUUUGGAAUUUAUGAUGAUGAUGUUGAAAUUAUAACAUUGGAUAAAGGAGACUUUGAUGCUGCAAUUACCUCUGGAGAAUUGUGGUUUGUAAACUUCUACUUCCCUCGUUGUUCACACUGCCAUGAUCUAGCUCCUACGUGGAGAGAAUUUGCCAAAGAGAUGGAUGGAGUAAUCCGCAUAGGAGCGGUCAAUUGUGGGGAUAACCGGAUGUUAUGUCGUUCCAAAGGAAUUACCAGUUACCCAAGUCUUUACAUCUUUAAAGCAGGAGGGAGCCCAGUGAAAUAUCUUGGAGAGCGAUCAAAGGAGGAACUUGUCCAAUUUGCUAUGAAGUAUGUCACAACCCAGGUGACAGAAUUAUGGGCAGGAAAUUUUGCAACUGCAUUCAAUACAGCAUACACUUCUGGAAUUGGAUGGCUGGUCACUUUCUGUGCCGAAACUGGAGAUUGCUUGUCUUCACGGACACAGCUUAAGUUAGCUGGAAGGCUGGAAGGACUUGUUUAUGUGGGCUGGAUGGAUUGCACAACUCAGGCUGAACUUUGCACAGAUUUAGAGAUAACCUCCAGUAUGACAAUUUAUUUUCCACCUGGUUCUACCAUAAAACAGAAAGGUGGGAUAUUGUUUCUCAAGAGCCUGGAUACUAGAGAAAUUUAUAUUGAAGUUAUGCAGUAUUUACCAAACCUGGAAAAGCUCACUGAACAUUCAUUCCAGAGCAAGUUAGCCCACCAUCGCUGGCUGGUUUUCUUUAAGUUUGGUGACACAACAGAGUCUGGUGAUUAUGAGUUUAAAAAGACUAAGGUUCUUCUACAAAGUGACAAUAUCCAGGUUGGAACUUUUGACUGCCAUGUUGGAUCACACAUCUGCAAGAGCCUCUAUAUUUACCAGCCUUGUGUUGUAAUAUUCAAAGGCAGUGGAACACAUGCCUUUGAAAUACAUCAUGGUAAGAAGGUUCUCUAUGACAUAGUGUCGUUUGCCAGAGAGAGCAUCAAUGCACCCGUUGUCACAUUGAGUCCGAAGAACUUUCCAAAGAAAGAAAGGGAACCUUGGCUUGUGGAUUUUUUUGCACCAUGGUGUCCUCCCUGUCGUGCACUUUUGCCUGAACUGCGUAAAGCUUCCAAACAAUUGGUUGGUCAACUUAAGUUUGGAACGUUGGAUUGUACAAUCCAUGAGAGUUUGUGUAACACACAUGGUAUCCAAGCUUAUCCAACAACAUUGAUAUUCAACCAAUCCAAUGUCCAUGAAUAUGAAGGCCAUCAUACAGCUGAUGAACUUUUGGAGUUUAUUCAGGAUCUCAUAAACCCCUCGGUAGUUGCACUGACACCGGACAACUUUGAAGGUUUAGUUAGAAGGAGAGCACAAGAUGAAAUUUGGAUGGUGGAUUUCUAUGCUCCGUGGUGUGGCCCUUGCCAAGCUUUAAUGCCAGAAUGGAAGAGAAUGGCCAGGAUGCUGAAUGGAACAGUCAACGUAGGCAGCAUGGACUGUCAGAAGUACUACUCUAUGUGUCAGAAAGAGCAUGUGCAGGCAUACCCAGAGAUCCGACUCUAUCCACUGAAUACUAAUAAUGCUUACAAGUACCAUAGCUAUUCUGGUUGGUCCAGGAAUGCGGAGUCACUUGGGUCUUGGGCAUUGGGAUUUCUUCCACAAACCUCUAUAGAAUUAACACCAGAAGACUUUACAAACAAAGUACUAAAAGGAAAGGACCACUGGGUGAUUGAUUUCUAUGCACCUUGGUGUGGCCCUUGCCAGAACUUUGCUCCAGAGUUUGAACUUCUAGCUAAGUCAAUCAAAGGUGAAGUAAAAGCAGGAAAGAUGGACUGUCAGAAUAACCCACAUACUUGCCAAACAGCUGGCAUCCGAGCUUACCCUACAGUCAAAUUCUAUCCAUUCCAAGGAAAAAAGAAGAAAAAUGCUGCAGGAGAAUAUAUAAAUAGUAGAGAGGCCAAAGUGAUAUCGCAGUUGCUGAGAAAGCGGUUAGAGGAACUUCAACCAAAGUUAGAAGACACGUUUUCAGCUAAAAAGGUAAUUAAGGAUGAACUAUAAAAUUGAUGCACAUUGCUUUCCAGAGGCCGCACACUCAACUGGAAAUCAGCAAUAACAUCAGCAACUAUAAUCCGAAAUAUAUGAAGCAAAUAAUAAAUUCUAACAACAAACUGUAUUCCAUUUUGGUUAUGGAAUAUGAAAUAAAACUCAUUCUAUAAACUAGGUUAUUCACCUUUAAGUAAAAUUAGAUGAACAACGGUAGAAUGAUGUGCACAAGUAAAUUCCUCUCUGGCAAGCUGGUGAAGGUUUCCAUGAUAACUCCAUAUUUUUGAAAUUUUAUGUAUAAUGGUAUUUUUGACAUCUAUUGGCCUGCUAUCUCAGAUUAACAUAUUUCUGAAGAGUCUGUUUUGAACAUUUAGUAUUUCCACUCUGAGAAGCAUCACUCCAGUUAACGUCGUAAAUGAAUUGGGAAAUUUAAACUUCUCACUUCCAGCUCUCUCUGCUGUAAUUUGUUUUGCUGACAGUAGCAAGUUGAAAGGAUCACUGGUAAUAUUAUGCACUGAUGAUAUAAAUUAUGUGGAUAAGAUUGCUUUGUAUGCAAAGGAAGUUUGACUUGUGCAUGAGUUCUAAAACAAGAAGCGUGGGCUCUGAUAUACAGUAAAGUGACCUGGGAUGCCCUUUCAUUGUUUUGGAGCAUACCAGAUUUUUCAGCUUUUAGGAGAAUGAAUAAAAUAGUUAUGAGUUUUAAAUAUUGCACGUUAGUGCAUAAUUUUGCUGAUGCUAGUGAAAGCCAAUUAAAUUUGUACCAGUUUUCUUUAUGUACUGCAGGUUUUGUUGAAUUGUAUCCAGUAUAUGGUUUACUUAUUUAAUGUUUUUGAAAUAACUUUACUCUAAGGCCUGAGCAAAAUUAGUGAACACUCCUUACAAAUUGAACAACCAAUGCAUUUGUAACUGUGGCCAUUUCCAAUAAAUUCAAGGUAUAUUUUGUUGCAAUGUAUUGUCUGUAUAUAUAUUCUAGUUAAUCUGACCCAACAUUUGACAUUUGAAAGUCAACUAAUGCAUAAUGUUGUAUAAUAAUGAAUUUUAAUUGUAAGGGUACUGCAGCAUUGGACUUUCUGACAUGGUUUUAAGACUCGUGUAGUGAAAGAGGACAGUGAUUCUUGAAUUGAACUCUUAUUUCUUGCUGUGCAGGAAAAUCUCUCCUAACAAAGAAAUGUUCUUGGCUUUUGUGGUACUUAAUGAUCUCCAUGAAAAAAUGUAGAUUUCAGUGUUUUUCAUUCUUCAAAAUGAGGUGUUGUCAAUCUUUGGAAAUUUGAUGCAUUUCAAUAGAAAACUGAUAAAGCAAUUCAAAAAAUAAACCUGGGUGUUUAUUUUGAUGUAUUGCAGCUGUACUUCAGGGAAAAGUCACUGAUAUUUUAUAUUGGGCAAAAACUGACCUUAAUGAACUUUUAACUAUUUUGUGAAUUACUUCAUAAGUGUCCAGUGCAAUUUUUUGUCUUACUUUUUGGUUUUGGUCUUGUUUAAUUGACAUGCUGAAUAAGCAAUUUUUCCUAACUGAAAGUUUACACAUGCCUUAAAUCACUUCAGUAUAGUGUUAGUUAGCCCUUGCAGGAUUCAAGUCAACCAAAUUAAAUUAUCCUACAUUUUAACUUUUUAUACUUUUAGAUGCAUUCUUUAUGUCACAAUAGUGCUAAAAAUAGCUAUAAAAACAACCAAAAGGAAACUCCAGUGAAAAUUCUAGUUUUUGUUCCAGGGAGUAUACAAACUCUAUCCAUUCAUACACAAAUUCAGAAAGAAUAAUACUGGAAAAGUUACGGUUUUUUAUGUAAUUGUUGCAUUUGCGGUGGUUUCUAUAAUUGUUAUAGUUUAAUAAAAUUGAAGUAUGGUU